AUGGUGACUUUAGGAAGGUCAGUACAUUCAACGAAUCAGACCCUCAGGCAACAGUUACUUCAAUAUCGUCUUUGUCUAAGGUACUCUCAUCGACUGAUGAGUAAGGACGGCAAAUUUAACAUAAAACACAAGUCUACACAGGCACCUUCAAGAUACCUAGCAGAUAUAUUCACAACUCUUAUUGAUAUCAAAUGGCGUUGGAAUCUUACAAUAUUUUCACUAGUGUAUGUUGUGUCAUGGCUUUUUUUUGGGGUGAUAUGGUGGCUGAUUGCAAUAGGACAUGGCGAUCACAUUAAGAGUAAUUACAAAGAUCCAGAAUUCAAGCCGUGUACCUACAAUGUGUACUCCUGGUGGACGGCUUUUUUGUUUUCUUUAGAAACGCAAACAACUAUCGGCUAUGGCUUCCGUUCAGUGACUGACCAAUGCUUGCCAAGCAUCAUCACUCUCAUUGUUCAGUCUGUCUUGAGCUGCAUGAUUGAUGCAGCAUGUGUCGGCUGUAUGUUUGCUAAACUAGCAAGACCCAAAAACCGAGCAGAGACCCUCAUGUUCACCAAAAAUGCAGUAAUUCUUAUGCGAAAUAAAAAACUAAGAUUGGUUUUCCGUGUCGCAGACAUUCGUAGAAGCCAUAUCUUGAAUCCUCAUGUGCAAGCAAAACUUGUACAGCGUCAAGUCACAGAAGAAGGAGAAAUCAUACCACUGCAUUACUACGAUGUCAAAGUUGGUCGUGAGCAAGUGCAGAAUCAAAUUUUCUUAGAGUGGCCAAUAGAAGUUCAGCACAUCAUUGACGAAAAAAGCCCGUUCUGGGACGUAUCUGCUGAUGACUUGAAAAGAGCAGACUUUGAGCUCAUUCUUAUUCUUGAAGGUAUCGUCGAACAAACUGGAAUGACGACACAAAAGCGUACUUCAUACCUCGCCGACGAAAUUCUGUGGGGUCAUCGUUUUGAUCAAUCUGUUGUGUGUUUCAACAAUGGUGGCUAUGAAGUUGACUUUUCCAAAUUCAACAAGACUUAUAAAACAUCAAAAACACCAAGACUAAGCGGCAGAGAACUAGCACAAACCUUGCAAGAUAAAUUCAAGGUAGUGACAAUAAAUGAAAAUGAAACAGAAAGAAAUCGAAACACCAACUGUAAUAAUUCCCGAUUUACAUGCUUCAAAGUCGGGAGUGAAGACGAAUGUGAAUCUACUGACUGCGAAGCAUAG